CAACCCAGUCCAAUGACUUAUUUCGGAACAGACGAGAGCGAGACUGUAAGUAAACACCCCAACAGGAGAGGAGGGUGAGUAUUCCCAACCUUCAAAAAAAAUAAAAGAAAAAAGACCAAUAACCAACGGAAAAAAGAAAAAAGAGAAAUUCUCAACGGCCGAUGGCUGGGACUAUUCCAAUCGCCAUGGAAGAAAAUGAGAAAAUGGUGGCGUUGAAGAAGGCUUACGCGGAGAUGAUACUGAAUACGGCGAAGGAGGCAGCAGCUAGAGUAAUGGCGGCGCAGCGGAAGGCUAAAAUGUUUGAGCACGAUCUGAAUCGCACAAAAGAGGAGGCACUUCGGAUGCUUCUUCGCUUCAAGCAGAUGCUCGAAGACAAGAAUGCAGAAGCAGAGGUUGCAUCCUCGAAUCAGCAAAGGAGGAUUCAGGAGCUUGAGUUACAGCUUGAUGAAGCGGAAGGGCUGAUACUCGACCUUAAAACUAGACAAGGUUCACGAACAGUUAGAUAAUGCAAAAAAGGCUUCAAGUUGGGACCCAAGCACGAGUGUUCAUCAAUGUCCAAGUCCAUUUAUAGGAACUGCGUUAUCAAGUUCUCAAUUUGAUAAUGGCCUUGUGGACAAUCCUGUUUUUGCCUAUAUUGUCUUAGAAAAAAAAGAGCCUGAAUCGCACAGGAA